UGCGCCCUUUUCAACUACUUCAAUUUGUUGCUUCCUUGUUGCGGACCUCAGACAAGACAUUUUUCUAGUUAUAUACACAGUGACAAUCGAUGGUAUAAGUUUGUGAUGGAAAUGGAUGACUGGCAAUCUGGAAAAUCAUUGAAAGAGAGGAUGCAAUUUAUGUUGCAAGAACAGUUGAUGUGUGAUGUUACAUUUUUAGUAGGAGCACCUGGAUAUGCCACACAUUUUCCUGCCCACAAAUACAUGUUAGCCAGUGCAAGCAGUGUGUUUUUUGCUAUGUUCACGGGCCAAUUGCAAGAGAAAGAAGAUGUGACAAUAACUGAUAUUGAUCCAGUUAUUUUUAAUUUGAUGUUGCAAUUUAUUUACUCAGAAGAUGUUGAGAUCAACUUUGGUAAUGUGGAGGGUUUGUUGAUUGCUGCAGACAAAUACUUCAUUGAGCUGCUGAAGGAUAAAUGUAUUUGCUUCUUAAAGGGCAAUUUGAACUGUGACUAUGUAUUUAAUGUUCUUGAAUUAGCUUUUGGUUUAAACAUGGUAAAAUUGAAGUCUGAUGCAUUAGAUUUUAUUUUGAAAAAUGGUCAAAACUGCUUAAGCACAGAUUUAUUUUUAGAAUUACCACCAGAAUAUGUAAAACAUAUUAUUAAAUCAGACAAAUUAAGAUGCAAGGAAGAAAUUGUUUAUGAGCAAAUGGUCAAAUGGGCAAAAUUAAAGUCUACCAAAAGAAACUCACCAGAGAGAGACCAGAGCAUCAGGGAUUGUCUUGGUGAUUUAUUAUAUCUGAUCAGAUUCCCAACAAUGGAGCAAGAUUAUUUUACUGGUAAUGUUUUGAAAAGGGACAUACUGACAAUAAAUGAAAAACUAAAUGUUUACCAAUCCUUUACAGAAAAAGAGAGACUGACCAUGAGCAGCAUGUUCACUUUAGAAAAGAGACAUUCAAAGGUACAUUUUAAAAGAUGUUCUGCUGAUGAUCGAAAAUUUGCAGUCUGGGAAUGUACUUCUAAAGAUGACUGUGUUGAUUUUGAAACAUCAUUUGAUGGUAAAUUGUGCUCUGUCUCGUUAUUUGGACCAAAAAACUACUCUGGAUCCAUUGAUUUAACAGUUAAUAUUUUUUCAGGAAAUUCAGUUUUAAGUACCCAAAAAAACAAGCUGAAAUCAGAAUACCAAACAAAGAUUUAUGAAAUUCAUUUAAAUCACCCUGUUGAAAUAUGUAAACAGAGUAGAUAUACCAUUGUGGUAAACAUGAGUGGACCCAAAACAUUCAAAGGAAAAGAUUACAAACAAAUAUGCAAUAAAGAUGGUUUAUCAAUGACAUUUUUACCCCCAUCUAUGCCAUCACCUAAUACCACCAGUGAAAAAAUUGGGCAAAUACCAGGACUUGUGUUUGAUGUUUAUACAUGACAUUUUGUUGAGUUGUGAUUUUGUUUAAGUGGAUUUUUUUUAUAUGUCAUGUAUGUAGGAGCAUGUAUACACACUGCAUUCAUUUUUGCUUUUUUUGUCAUUUUUCCCUCAUUUGUCAUGUUAAUGACUUCAUGGAUAAAACUUACCUCAUACUAAGCAAAUGAGCAAAGUUAAUAAGCAUAUUAUAUAAUGCACAAACAAAAAUGUAUGUUUUGUUUUUGUUUUUUUGUUUUUUCAUAAUACUUGUAUCCAGAGCAUUAUUUUGAAAAUAUCUUUUUUUCAUUUUUUACUUAAUUAUUUAAACAAUAAAUAGACCUAGUUUUUUCCACAGUUAACAAGUAGAUACGGGUUGGGGUUAAAGUUUGUUGCACACCAAAUACUUCCUCAUACCCUCAUUGAAUUUUAUGAAACUUUAGCAGAAACUUUUUGUACGAUUCAGAGAUAAUGCAUAAAUUGGCUGUAUUUUCAUUUUUGAUAUUUUUUUUGAUAGAUGAACUACUGAUUAGUUUUUUUUACAGCUAACAUCUACAGAUAGUCUUGGAUUUAAUAUUUUUGACAGGAUAAGUUUGUAAACCUUUAUCGAUUGUUAUGUUGAAGACAGAAGCUAAUCUCCAAGACCAAGAAAAGGCAUUUGUUGAAGGCCAUUCGCUGACCUAUAGUUGUUAAUUUCUGUUUCAUUUGGUCACUUGUGGAGAGUUGUCUCAUUGGCAAUCAUACCACAUCUUCAAUUUUAAUAUUUGAUGAAAAGGUUGGAAUUUGUUUUAAAGUUCUGUAUUAUACUGAUAAAUUGACACACUUUUAAGUCAACGUUAUACUUUUACACUGACAGCCCUUAUUGUAGGCGAUACACAGGGUGCUGCAGAACACCUUACAAUUUUUUUAUUUAGCUGCUUUAGUUAUUUUUUGGUAUUCAAAGAUUGCAUGAAAUGCAACUAAAGCCCAACACAAUUGACUUUCAAUGUAAAUCACUACCGUUGAUAGUUAAAAAAAAACCAGUAGAGUGGAGUGAAUAUUAUUAACACCAUAUCUAGUCAUUUUCAUAUAAUUUAUUGAUGAUAUAUGUUAUACUUUAAUAUCUAAGAUAUCAUAUUGAGUGUAUUUGAAUUAGCAUACUUCUCAAGAAAACAUUUUAUUAUUUAAAAAUACAUAAUUAGUAAUGCAUGGUGUAUGCAUCUGCUAUAUAAAUAGAUUCGACUCAAAAUGUACACCCAUGAACAAAGAAAGAUAUAUAUCUAACUCAAAUUUUGAAUUUGCCUUGCAAAAUACAGUAAAAUUGUAAACAGAUAUAUCAUGUUAAGGAGGGGUAUUUGAGAAAAAUACCAGUCGAGAGAAUGGUAAAUUUCACGAGCCGUAAGGCGAGGAAAAUUCAUUCUCAAGACUGGUAUACAUGAUAUAUCUGUUUAAUUACCACCGAAUCUUAAUGUUCAAAAAUGCAUUGAUGAUUGUGACGUUACAAGUGUCCAGUCGGAUAGAGUAUUUUUUUGGCAAAUAACACGGAGGCGUUUAAAAAAUAACGAUAUUCAUUUGAUAACAGUAAAUUGGUGAAAAAUACACUAGCUAUCAACCAAUCAAAAUUCAGGAUUCUUACAUAAGGUGUAAUUAUUUCAUUUUUAUACGACCGCAAAUUUUGAAAAAAUUUUCGUCGUAUAUUGCUAUCAUGUUGGCGGCGUCGUCGUCGUUGUCGUCUGAAUACUUUUAGUUUUCGCACUCUAACUUUUAGUAAAAGUGAAUAGAAAUCUAUGAAAUUUUAACACAAGGUUUAUGACCAUAAAAGGAAGGCUGGUAUUGAUUUUGGGAGUUUUGGUCCCAACAUUUUAGGAAUUAGGGGCCAAAAAGGGCCCAAAUAAGCAUUUUCUUGGUUUUCACACCAGAACUUUAGUUUAAGUUAAUAGAAAUCUAUGAAAUUUUGACACAAGGUUUAUAACCACAAAAUAAAGGUUGGGAUUGAUUUUGGGAGUUUUAUUUUCAACAGUUUAGGAAUUAGGGGCCAAAAAAGGGCCCAAAUAAGCAUUAUUCUUGGUUUUCGCACAAUAACUUUAGUUAAAGUAAAUAGAAAUCAAUGAAAUUUAAACACAAUGUUUAUGACCACAAAAGGAAGGUUGGUAUUGAUUUUGGGAGUUUCGGUCCCAACAGUUUAGGAAUUAGGGGCCAAAAAGGGACCCAAAUAAGCAUUUUUCUUGGUUUUCGCACCAUAGCGUUAGUAUAAGUAAAUAGAAAUCUAUGAAAUUUAAACACAAGGUUUAUGACUAUAAAAGGAAGGUUGGUAUUGAUUUUGGAAGUUUUGGUCCCAACAGUUAAGGAAAAAGGGGCCCAAAGGGUCCAAAAUUAAACUUUGUUUGAUUUCAUCAAAAUUGAAUAAUUGGGGUUCUUUAAUAUGCCGAAUCUAACUGUGUAUGUAGAUUCUUAAUUUUUGGUCCCGUUUUCAAAUUGGUCUACAUUAAGGUCCAAAGGGUCCAAAAUUAAACUUAGUUUGAUUUUAACAAAAAUUGAAACCUUGGGGUUCUUUGAUAUGCUGAAUCUAAAAAUGUACUUAGAUUUUUGAUUAUUGGCCCAGUUUUCAAGUUGGCCCAAAUCGGGGUCCAAAAUUAAACAUUGUUUGAUUUCAUCAAAAAUUGAAUAAUUGGGGUUCUUUGAUAUGCCAAAUCUAACUGUGUAUGUAGAUUCUUAAUUUUUGGUCCAGUUUUAAAAUUGGUCUAAAUUAAAGUGCAAAGUGUCCAAAAUUAAACUAAGUUUGAUUUUAACAAAAAUUAAAUUCUUGGGCCUCUUUGAUAUGCUGAAUCUAAACAUGUACUUAGAUUUUUGAUUAUGGGCCCAGUUUUCAAGUUGGUCCAAAUCAGGAUCUAAAAUUAUUAUAUUAAGUAUUGUGCAAUAGCAAGUCUUUUCAAUUGCACAGUAUUGUGCAAUGGCAAGAAAUAUCUAAUUUCACAAUAUUGUGAAAUAGCAAAUUUAUUUUUUUAUUAAGAGUUAUCUUUCUUUGUCCAGUAUAGUAAGCAAGAAAUAUCUGCAAGAAUUUUUUUUAAUUGGAGUUAUCUUUCUUUGUCCAGAAUCAACUUAAAUCUUUGUUAUAUACAAUAUACAAUGUAUAUUCACUUUUUACUACCAACUGAUAAAUUUAAAUAAUCUUUACCAUUCAGUGGUAACAAGCAGUUUUUUUACAUCAUGUAUUUAAAUGAGUAGUAAUUGUUGCAAACUCCAUUAGAAUAUUUUAAUUGAAAUUAGUUUUGGAAUAAGGGAAAGGGGGAUGUGAAUAAAAAAUUGGGUUAAAUUUUUCUCAUUUGAAAUUUCAUAAAUAAAAAGAAAAUUUCUUCAAACAUUUUUUUGAGAGGAUUAAUAUUCAACAGCAUAGUGAAUUGCUCUAAGAGAAAACAAAAAUUUUAAGUUCAUUUGAAUACAUUCAUUCUGUGUCAGAAACCUAUGCUGUGUCAACUAUUUAAUCACAAUCCAAAUUUAGAGCCGAAUCCAGCUUGAAUGUUGUGUCCAUACUUGCCCCAACCGUUCAGGGUUCAACCUCUGCGGUCGUAUAAAGCUACGCCCUGCGGAGCAUCUGGUUAAACUCAUAAAAUUGCAGGAUAAAAGCAAUCUAUAUAUUUCAGUCCUCACAAAUACUUUGUUUUGUUUUAUUUUGUUUUGUUUCUGAAUUAUUAGUGCUUUUGUGUAUGCUUUCUUGUUACAAGUAUGCUUUAUGCUUUAGGGAUAUAUUUGUGAAGUGACAUUGUUUGUAUAUAUAUGUUCCAGGGGAAAAAAAGAUAGAUUUUGUAGAAUAACUAGCAGUUUUAUUAAUUUUGUGAAAUGCCUGAUUUUAGUGUAAUCAAAUUUGUAUCAAAUAAUUCAUAAUGUUUACGAAGUGUACUCAUGUAUUAUAGAAACAAGAAUAAUAAAAAAACCUGAAAUGUACAAGUAAUUUAAUAAAAGUGUAAGUAAGUAAGUUUCAUGAAAUUGUAAAACAUGUUAUAAAAAUCUGAAAAUAUUGCUACAUGGAUUUGGUGAAAUUCCUAAUAACAAAUUUAAGCUAUUCAAACCAUAUACAUAUCAUGAAUGUUUAA